AUGCCCCUGCGCUUGCCAGGCUGCCUCUGCCUUCCCACGCCCGGCACAGGUGCUGCGGGUCCCGGUUCACACGGCUGGGCUCUCACAACAACUCCCCGCCCGAUAAGGGAUCAGAGGGGGCAGCGAGGCCGGCCCGCAGACCCUCCGUGCCCCGCGGCUGCUGUGGGAGGUGGCGGGGCCGCAGCACGCCCAGCCCGCGCCCGGGCCCUGGCGGGGGCUCCCCGGGCCAGCGGGGCGCAGCCCCCGCGGCGGCGGGGCGGGCCGGGGUCUCCGCGGCGGCGGGCGGUGCCCGCGGUGCCCAAUGGCUGCCCGGCCCUGGGCUUAAAGGCGGCGGCGGCAGCCCCGCCGCGCUCCCCUCCGCCGGCCGGGCCCCCGGAGGCGCCCUGCACCGCCGCCGCCAUGGGUCGCCCCCCGCCGCCGCUCCGCCUGCUCCUGGCCCUCCUCAGCAUCCUCCUGCCGCUGCCGGCCGCUGCCGGGACCCGCCGCGCCCGUGAGCCGGGGCCGCAGGGGGCGGGCCGGGGGGAGGGGGGGUCCCUGCCCCAUCCCGAGGGGCUGCGAUGGGUGCCCGCCGCCUCGGGGCUGCUGCCGCCCGCCGUGGGCUGUGGCGGCGGGGCGGGGGGGCUCUGCCUCCUAGAGUGUUCCCGUUCUCCCCGUCUUUCGGUGCUGGCUGUGCUGCGAUCCCCAAGCGGGGAGCUGCAUGGGGUGUGUGCCGGUGCGUGCUUGAUGCGACCACCCCGGGCUGACCACCGGCCGGGCCCCCUUUCUCUAGCAGCGGCCGCCGGCCCCACGUGUGCAGCCUCACGCCAAGCCGCCUGCAGUGCCGGCUGCAUUCCCGUUCCCUGGCUCUGCGAUGGGGAGCAGCAGUGUCCUGACGGGACGGACGAGCAGUGUGAUGUUGCCUGUGGUGGGGACCCCCAUGUCUGGCAGUGUGACGAUGGCCGAUGUAUUUCCAGCAGCUGGCGUUGUGAUGGUGCUGCUGACUGCCUGGAUGGCUCUGAUGAGCAGGACUGUGUGUGUGGGGCAAAGAAGGUGCAGUGUCCCGGCACCCACCACUGCAUCCCGCACUGGGAGAUGUGUGAUCGGCACCAGGACUGCGAGGAUGGCUGGGAUGAGGAGGGGUGUCCCCUGCAGCCCUGUCUGCCUGGGCAGUGGCAGUGCAGGAACAGGGUUUGCAUCAUGGCCGAGUGGAAGUGCAACGGGAUUGAUGACUGUGGUGAUUCCUCGGAUGAAGAUGUCUGUGCCCCCUGCCCACCUGGCAUGGUGCGGUGUGACGAGGGGAAGUGUAUCCUGGAGUCCCUGAUGUGCAAUGAUGAAGAUGACUGCCUGGAUGGCACUGACGAGCCCAGCACAUGUGGUCGGAGCUGCUUUGUACGCAACGGGGGCUGCACAGAGACGUGCACUGACACACACUGGGGAGUGCAGUGCUCCUGCGGGGCUGGCUGGGUGCUGCAGGCAGACGGGCAGAGCUGUGCUGAUGUGGACGAGUGCUCCCUGGAGUACAGCCCCUGCAGCCAGCUGUGCAGCAACACCCCGGGCUCUUUCAGCUGCACCUGCCUCCAGGGCUACACCCUCUGGCACAGCACUACCUGUGAAGUGGCAGACAACGCGACUCAGAUUCUGGUGGCCGUGGGGCAAGACCUGGCCCUUCUGGAUGUGCGGACCCAAGCCUACCGGCCCCUGCUCUCCACCGAGACCCAGCCCCGUGCCCUGGUGUACGACCUGCUCCGAGAAACCUACUACUGGCUGACAGAGGAGGGCGAACUCCAUGCUCACCUCCCGGGCAAGGGCACACAGCCCCUCUAUGCAGACGCUGAGGAGGUGAACAGCAUCUCUGUGGACUGGUUCACGGGGCAGCUGUACUGGGCCAGCAGCCACCCCGCAGCCAUCUGCGCAGGGCUGGGUGAUGGUCGGGGCUAUGUGACAGUGCUGGGGAAGGACGUGGCACCAGAGCAGCUGACAGUACAUCCGGCUGCAAGGUCCCUGUAUUGGGUCAACCGUGGGCAGAGGGGCCGGACAGUCAUUGCUGCAGCUGGCAUGGAUGGUUCAGACCGGCGGGAGCUCACAGUGGUGUCCAUGGAGGAGCCUGUGGGGCUGAGCCUAGACCACGUGGCUGGCAGGCUCUACUGGAUCAGCGAGUACAAGGAGUCCAUCGAGACGCUGCGGGUGGAUGGCAGCGGGCGCCACUCCUUUCCUGCUGUCCUGCGGAGCCACACGGAGCCACUGGGCCUGGCUGUGUUCGAGAGCCGGUUCUUCUGGACUGAUGGCACAGAGCUGGUGUCGGCCACCCAGGCCUCUCCCCAGGAGCAUGCGGUGUUGCUCCGUGCCCCUAUUUCGGCUUUCACUGUGCUGCAUGAACUGCAGCAGCCUCCCCGGGACACUGCUGCGUGUGCUCCAGGCCUGUGCAGUCACCUUUGCCUCCUGUCCCCUGUGCACCCACGAGGCUACAAGUGUGCGUGUCCAGAGGGCCUCUUUCUCCUGCCCUCAGGGAAGUGUGCAGAGCUGUCCAUCGUGUAUGCAUCAGGGAAGGCCAUCUCCCUGGUGCAUGUUGGCCCAGGGGCACAGAGCAAAUGGGUUAAGGAGUGGCAGGAGACCCUCCACCUGCAGGAUGUGGACUGGCAGAGGUCUGUGCUCUAUGGGACAGAUGACCAUGGGGCACUGCUGCGUGUUGUGGGGCACCCUGGCAGGAGAGAGGCCAUUGCGACUGGGCUGCCAGUCUGCUCUGCCCGCGUGGACAUCCGCUCGGGGGACCUGUACUGGCUCGCAUGUAACCGGAGGGACAUCGGGGUGAUCCAGGCAUCUGACAUGUCCCUGCGCAUCCUGCACCGUGCUCGCAGCAGCAUCCAGCACUUCUUCUUGGACUGGCAGCGGGACACUCUGAAUCCCAGGGUCCUACCAUCCUUCUGCCUCACAGGCCUGCAGGCUCUGAGUCUGACCAAGCGGCAAGCAGUCACCCUGGCAUCCAGUUGGUCCUAUGGCCUGGUGGCUGCCUUCGAGCCAUACCUGGUGUCAGCAAAUGGGACAGCUCUGCUGCUGUGGGACCGGAGGACACUGACCCUUGUGCUGUCCAUGCCAGUAGCAGGCGUGCAGGGAGUAGUGGCCUUCGUGGGCUCGGAGACAUGGGCUGUGUCUCCAAGCAAGGGGUCUGCCCUGCCACUCUCUCCACAUGUGACCACCACUACAAGGACAACCACAAGCACCACUGCUGCUCAGCCCACCACCUCCACCAUGAGACCUAAGCCAAGCAAGACCACCACUGCACUCACCACUACUGCAGCAACCAGCAAGGCUACAACACCAACCACCACCAGCCAGUCCACAUCGACCAAGACCGCCCCUGUGCCAACCACUGCUCGGAGAACACUAACCAAGACCUCCACUAUGCCACCAGCCACCACUAGGACCACCACCAGCACCACCACUAGCAGCACCACCAGCAGCACCACCACUCGGUCUUUGCCAACCAAGACCACUGCCUCACAAAGAAGUACUACCACCCAGCGCCCAACCAGCCCUGCACGGGUAGUACUGCCUACUCCACCCCUUCCUUCCAGCCCUGCACGUGCCUGGACCCCAGUCCCCCAUCUGUCCUGUCCUCGCACACAUGUGCCCUGCCGUGAUGGCACUGAGUGCGUGGCUCAGGAGUACAUGUGUGAUGGGGAAAAGGACUGUGCAGAUGGCUCUGAUGAGGAUGGAUGUGCCCAGCUCUGUGACACCCCAGGGGCCUUCCGCUGUGCGAGCGGAGCAGUGUGUGUUGGGGUUGGGCAGCGCUGCGAUGGGGUGCCACAGUGCCCUGACACUUCAGACGAGAUGGACUGCUGGAGCCCCACACAGGAGUGUGCCCUGCGCUGCGAUGCUGCCACCCGCUGUGUACCCCAGAGCUGGCUGUGUGACGGCCAUGCUGACUGCCUGGACCACGCCGAUGAGCAGGGCUGUGUGCUGAAGGAGUGUGGCCCAGCCGAGUUCCCCUGCCAGAACGGGCAGUGCGUGGCCCUGGCUCUGCGCUGCGAUGGUGACCGCGACUGCCGGGACGGCUCGGAUGAGGAGGGCUGUGCCGUGCCCCCGCCGCUGCUGUGCCGCGCGGGCGAGGCGGCGUGUCCCCGCAGCGGGGAGUGCGUGCCGGAGGCCUGGCGCUGCGACGGCGGCACCGACUGCCGGGACGGCACGGAUGAGCAGGGCUGUCCCUGGGAGGAAGGGCAGUGUGGGGACCAGCAGUGGAACUGCUCUCGUGUCCACGAGUGCAUCCCCAAUGUCUGGCACUGUGAUGGAGAGAGUGACUGCAGGGACGGCAGUGAUGAGGCUGGCUGCCAACCUGCUCCCUGCCAGAGCCACGAGUACCCGUGUGGGCUGGGGGCCUGCCUGAAUGCAUCCCUGGUGUGUGACGGCCGGCAGGACUGCGCCGAUGGCUCGGAUGAGGGGGGAAACUGCUCUGUGCUCUGCCAGCGGUCCUGUGCUCAUCUCUGCUACCCCUCACCCUGGGGCCCUUGGUGCUGGUGUGACCAAGGCUAUCGGCUGGCUGAGGAUGGUCUGUCUUGUGUGGACAUAGAUGAGUGUACAGAGCAGGGAGAAGGACCCUGCAGCCAGACGUGCCUCAAUUCCCCAGGGUCCUACAGCUGUGGCUGUUUCCCUGGCUACCAGCUGGAGCCUGAUGGCCAGAUCUGCAAACUCACUGGACCAGAGCCCGUGCUGGUGGUGGCCGUGCAGUCAGAGGUGUUGUCCUAUGGCUUGCGGAGUGGGCGUGAGGAGGUGCUGCUGACCGCUGACAAGGAGCGUGUUGUCUUCUCACUUGACUGUGACCUGCUGGAGAAUAAAGUCUACUGGAUGGACCUGGCCACAGAGAGCAUCCGCUGGCAGGGCCUCAACUCUGGCAAGAAAGGCACACUGGUGAAAGGUGUGAGAUCAGACUGUAUAGCAGUGGACUGGCUUGGGAGGAACCUGUACUGGACAGAUGGAGCAGGAGGGCAGGUGCUGGCCACUCGCCUGGGGACUGCCUGGCGAGGGAUACCAGAGUACACCGUGGUGAUGGAUGGAGACCUGGACCAGCCCCACUCCCUGGUGCUCCAGCCUCUGGCAGGGCUGAUGUACUGGUCAGAGGUGGGCAACCACCCACGGCUAAUGGAGGCCACCAUGGAUGGGAGCCAGCGACAUGUGCUGCUGGCCCAGGGGCUGGGGUGGCCUACAGCACUGGCCCUUGACCUCCCCACCUGGAGAAUCUUCUGGAUGGAUGAGAAGCUGGGCAGCAUUGGUUCUGCACGUCUGGAUGGCACCAGUGUGAAGAUCCUGCAGCUGGGCUGGGUCCAGAGCCCCUUUGCAGCAGCUGUGUGUGAGGGGCAGCUCUACUGGUCAGAGAGGAAGGCGUGGUCCGUGCAGCAGGUGGACAAGACUAGUGGCAAGAACAGGACUGUGCUGCUCAAGCGACAUGGGCAGCCCCAUGGACUCCAGGUGAUGCACCCCACCCUGCGCCCCAUGGCCCUCAACCCCUGCGCAGAGCGUGGCUGCUCCCACCUCUGCCUUCUGAGUUCCAGGCGUGCUGGGCAGUGCCGGUGCCCCGCCGGGCUGACGCUGGCUGCUGAUGAGACCACCUGCCUGCCCCUCCGUGAUUCAGCUUUUGCCCUCCUGGUGUCACCGGCAGCCGUGGCUCAGGUCUAUCUGAAGGACCUGCCCAGGACAGCUGGAUCCCAAGGCCUUCCACCGCACCGGGCCCUGCCCCUGGCCAAGGCGGGCCGCCUGACGGCCGUCGACUACUCAGUGAAGGACAAGAGCCUGUACUUCGCGGAGGUGGGCGGUGACUCCAUCGGGCUGCUGCGCCUGAAGGACUGGGGCCGGCUGUCCUGGAAGCAGGCGGUGGCCGUGCAGGGCACAGUGACAUCCCUGGCCCUGGACUGGCUGAGCGGGAACCUGUAUUGGAUUGAGGGGCAGCCUCCCCGCAUCCACGUGGCAGCUCCGGGCGGGCGGUGGGCCCUGGUGCUGCUCAGCAAGGGGCUGCGGGGCGCUGCCUUGCUGGCCCUGUGCCCUCGCAGCUCCACCAUGUGCUUUGUCACGGCGGCCGGCAGCCGCGGGCCUGGCGCCACGGUGGAGUGCGCAGCCAUGGACGGCUCUGGCCGCAGGGCAGUCUGGAGGAGAGCCCGGGCUCCCAUCGGCCUUGCCUUCGGAGGUGCCGGCACCCGGCUGUACUGGGCAGACCGCGGCACAGCCCCGAGGGGCAGCUUGGAGCACUCUGUGCCCCCACAUCUGAUGUCCCUGCAUCUGUGCCCUGCAGAAAGAGGCACCAUAAGCAGCAUCGAGCUGGAUGGAUCCCACUACCGGGUGGUGCGGGAGGGGCUGCAUGGCCUCUCGCUCUUCACCGUUGGAGAAGGCUUUCUGCUCUGGAGCACGACCUCAACCAACAGCUCCAGCAAGAUCUGGCACAGCCGGCUGGAGCGGGCUGAGAGCUGGUGGUUCCCGAUGGAGAAGGAGUUGAUAACCAUGAGGAUUUACAGCCAGUUCUUACAGGAAGGCACCAAUGGCUGUACAAAGAGCAAUGGGGGCUGUGCCCAGCUCUGCCUGCCCAACCCUGCUGGACGUCUGUGUCGCUGCUCCCCUGGCUACCACUUGGUGCGUGGGGUGGAAUGCAAAGUGGCACUGCCCUGCCCAGCCCCGCUCAAGGCCUGCCGUGAUCUCCAGAGCUGCAUCUCCAGAGAGCAGGUCUGUGAUGGGCGCCCUGACUGCAUCGAUGGCUCCGAUGAGUCUGACUGCCCCUCCAUGGAGGUGAGGACACAGAUCCCCAUGGUAGCACCAUCAGGGAUGUCCCAUGUGGAAGAGGAGAAACCAGCCAUACCCACACCUGCACCAAAGCCUCAGCAGCCCAGUCCCAGUCUGCCUGCUGCCCCUGGGCCCCAAGAGCAUGGAGAGCCCUUUCUGGCAUCCCCUAGCACCGAGGAGGUUCUGGGGGCAAUACCGUGCAGCAGUGAGACGUGUAACCUGCGUGGGGACUGUGCCAUCGAGGCUGGGCGGGUGACGUGUCACUGCGCCUUGGGCUAUCGUGGUGACUACUGCGAGGAGGCAGAGGUGCAGCCUGUGGCAGGACCCAUUGCCCUGGGGGUGGCUGUGCUGCUGCUGCUUGCUGCUGCUGCCGUGGGGGCCCUGGCUUACAUGCGGAGACGGGACAGGCGGAGGAGGACCUCAAGCACUGCCUCCACCCGGGUGCUGACCUUGUAUCACCGUGAAAGCGACCCUGAAGAAGAGGAUGAGGAAGAGGAAGAGCUUCCCCCCAAGACUGAUACCUUUGUGAAUGAAGCUUAUGAUGGGAAAGAGGAGCUGCCAGCCCCAUUGAGGAAGGGACCAUCUCACUCCAACACUGUAUUUUCAUAAAGGAACGUGGUGCAGC